AUGUUAAAAGUGCUUUUGCUCUUCCCCGUGCUGUGCAGGGGGGAGGAUGGCCCAUCGGAGGCAGUUGGAUGCGGGGGCAAGGGGCAAUCCCCGUGCGCGUUCACAGCGCGGUGGCAAGGUGCGAAGAGCGGCUGCCACACUGCCCAGCCUGGAGAUCGCUGCUUCCGAGAGAUCAUGUGGGCUGUCCACGUUGGUAUGCGUUGGCACCCAGAGUGGUACCCCGGCUUAACAAGCAACUCUCCCCUCAUCGACUUCCAGCUCUUCAUCCACAACAACUUUCCAGGAAAAUGCCCUAUUCCAUGCGGCGUGCCGAUGCCCCAGAAGUGGUGUCACUGGCCGCCUGCGGGCAACCUGACGGCCCCUUCGGUCUACGACAGCGAACCCAACGCCAUCGAUGCCAUCGAUGCCUUUGGCAACGACAGCAACGAUAGUAUUGUGAGCAACGUGAGCAACGUGAGCAACGCAGACAUGAACAACAUCACCAUUAAGGUUCUUACCUACAACCUCUUCUGGUGGAAUCUGUACAGAGUCAGACAGGGUGAUGGUGAGAGCGCUGGGAAGCUCAUGAAGGCCGAGAUCGAGGAGGAUCGACCCUUUGACGUCAUUGGCUUUCAAGAAUGCGAAGAUGGCCAUCGCGCCUUGGAGCCGGUUGGGCUUCUGCAUAUUUACAACGUUCUGCAAGGACCUCACGCAGUCUGCCUUGCCUACCGGAAAGAUGUUUGGAACCUGCUGACCCAUGGCAUGGAGGAUGUGGGCGAGGACAUGAGAUCUCACUACUACGGGCGUCGUGGGGUGUUCUGGAUGCGCCUGGAGCACUAUGACACCGGUAGAAAGCUGCUCUUCGUGAACCACCAUGGGCCGCUGGAGGUGAACUCAGGCGGCGAAUGUGGGGGCGACUCCAUCGCGAACAACAUCAUUCACGUGAUCCAGAACAAGUCCCGUCCAGGUGACGCCAUCAUUCUGGUGGGCGACUUCAAUGCCAAUGCCGCUUCCCGUACUGUCCAGGCCCUCUGGAAACGCAUGGUGAUGCUGCACAGUGGCACCUCCUUCGGCGGAGUAGACAACAUUUUUGGCAACAUGGACUCCUCUUCGGUCAUCAGCCGCAAGAACCUGGGCCCAGGAGGCAGUGACCAUGAUGCCCUCACCGCCACGGUGACGUUGGGCGUCGAGGCAGCGCGCGUCGAGGUGGCGGUGGAGGCCAUAGAUUUUCUCAAGGCCCAGCCGCCGGGCAACGAGUGGCAGCACUUUUGGUGCGGUCAGCUGGAGACGGACGUCGGCUACGUGCCGGCAGAGGGCAGCUUUCUCCGUGUGGUGAAGCACAAGCCGCACCGUGGCGACAGCUUGGAUGUGGCUGCGCCGCAGCGGUGCUGCCGCCUGUGCCAGCAGGACCCCAGGUGCAGAAGUUGGAUUUGGAAGGAUGGCGGUCCCAGCUGCGAGAUGUAUGGUGCCGCGCCGGUGGAGAUGGAGAAGGUGCCUGGAUUUGUGUCUGGGUUGUCGGCAGCGGAGGCAACUCUGCAGGUGGCCCUCUCGGACUUCGGAACCGCCAUCAGGGUGGAGAAGAGCGAGAAGGUCUACAGCCGUGUCGGCACUCCUGCCUUCUGGGCACCAGAGAUCUUCAACGGUCCGUAUGACUACAAAGUCGACGUCUGGGCUGUUGGGGUGACGACCUACAUUCUUCUGACCGGCGCCUUGCCCUUCGAAGGCCAAGAGCAGAUCUGCCGGCCGGUGGGAGACGAGGCCCCAGUGUACUUUCCGCCCCACUGCGCCAGAGAUUGCGCAUCGUUUCUCACUGCGACGCUGGCAAAGGAUGUGAAGGCGCGCCCAUCAUCUAAAGCUGCUCUUCAGUCCGAUUGGUUCUCCAAAUCGCCGGAGCCAACCCCGGAGAUUGCGCGGCGCCCUUAUCGCCAAGAGGUGGUAGAGAGCGGCUGCCACUGUUGGGUAGGCCUCACUGCAUCGAUUUGCAGCGCCAUCAAAUUUUGCUUGGACCAUUUGUGCGACCAGAAGGAGGUGGAGGCUGCUGCGGCGCGUUGGUCCAAGAUGUCCAGCAAGCAGUCCUCCGCUGGUAAGACAAGCACCCUGGGCGGAAUGGUGGAAAAGGACAUGUUGGAGAAGCAGGCCACGGAUCUGACCAAACAAAUCUCGGUGAGCCUCAUGCAGCACCAGGUCAUGCCGCGCCGCGGCGCUUGGUGCUUGCCAGGCUUUUUGGUCGGCCUCGCCUUCGCGCCGCACGCAGGCGUCAGGACUGCCUUGCGCGCCAAAACCGCCGAGGUGACCGGAGAGCUCACGCCACUCUUCGAUUAUGUGCUAGCGAAGUCCAAGGAAGCUGUGACCAGCACAAAGUCCGGGCUGCUGCUGCCGAGCUCAUCGGAGAAGCCCAGCGAGGGAGAGGUGGUGGCAGUGGGUCCUGGCUCGGUCAAGGAGAACGGCGUGCAAGUGGCUCCUUGGGCAGAGGCAGGCAUGAAGAUACUGCACGGCAAGUAUGGCGUUGAGGAGGUCACCUACAAUGGUGAGGAGCAUGUGCUGGUGAGGGAUGAGGAUGUCCUGUUGAGCUACGAGGGUGAGCCCACCUUGGAGAGCAUCAAGAUGCCCAGGGGCAAGGUGCUGCUGAAACUCUUGGAAAAAGAGUCUCAGGGUGGAAUCUUGCUCUCCAAGGGCGCGGCCAAGCCCGACACCACCAUGGGAGAGGUGGUGGCCGUGGGAGAUGACGAUCUGGACCGCAACGGCAAGCCAGUCCCCAUGGACAUCGCAGUGGGCGAUUUUGUGCGCUUCCGCUUUGGCAAUGAGGUGAAGCUGGACCUUGGCAAGAGCGAGUUCCGCUCUGUUUCAGCAAGUGAAUGCUUGGCCAAAUGGCGGAAGUAG